UAUAAAUAGUAAUCGAACGGUAAACGCGGACCAAAGUUUCUACUGGUACAACCGAAAACAUGUCUCGCGUCACUAUCAUUCUCGCUCUUCUUGCUGCCGUUUGCGUUUACAUGGACAGCGUAAAGGCACAAGAUUGUGGUCCUAAUCAAUUAUAUAGAGAUUGUUCAAGUAUGUGUGAACCUACAUGUAAAAAUCCUGAUCCAAUCUGUAUCGAGGAAUGCGGUCCUCCUAAGUGCCAAUGCAAGGAGAACUAUGUCAAACACCAUGGAGUUUGUAUUCCACUUUCCGAUUGUUAAGAUUUUUUUAAUUCUAAUCAUUUGCAAACUUCUGAGAAAUGAUAUGUUGCUUAUACGAAAAUAAAUAGACAUAGGUGCAUAGACUAA